UCCACCACAAAUUGCGUGACGUAGUCAGGAAACUUCACAGUGUUGACAUUGAAAUAUGAAUUAAUUUACCGGGGUUUCAUAUUUUCAUAUUAUAAGCUCACAUUUUCCUAAUAAAAAAUAGUAAAAAUGGAGAAAAAUCAUUUGCUAUACGAAAAUUUAAAAAUUUUGAUGAACUUGGGAUCGGACGAUGAAAGCAAAACUUUUGAUAAUUUGUCAGUGAAGUCUUCGGAAGUAGGUGGCAGUGCAACCAGUUUAGAUAGUUUUCCGUCACCAUUAGCCGAAGAUACAGUUGAUUGUUUUGAUAAAUUUGGUUCAACACCACCACGUACAAGAAUAUCACGUCGCCAAAGAGAACGUAGACAAAAAGAUAAAGAACAUUUUCAAUCAGAACGAAAUAGUAAACGUUGCCGGUGUCCUUUUUCAAGACGUAGUACAAUUGACGCCAUGGUUGCAAACACAACAGAAACUUUGAGUGAUGUUGAAAGCACGAAAAAUUCCACAGUUGUAGAAAACACGACACCAAAAAGAAUGGAUAAACGAUCCAUGAAAUUGCUACGUGAUUCAGAACGAGAUUUUAAAUUACAUAUGGGAACACCAUCAGCGAUUUCAACACGAACAGAAACAACAGCUGAGGAUCGAGCCAACAGUAUGCCAGCAGUUUUAUCGCCACCAAUAAAAAUACCCACAUUAAUUGAAACAUGCAAUCGAUUUAUGUGUUUAACGUCACGACCAGUCAAUUCACGUUUUAAGAAAAAAAUUGAAGGUUUACGAACUGAAUAUAAAAAACCUGAAAUUACAUGUAAAGUUGAUGAUACAGAAGAUAUUCCCGAAGAUCGUGUCGAAUUUAACAAAAAAAUUUCAAAAAGUGUUCGUUUAGGAUGCACUGAACAUAAAUUACAAAGACAGGAAAGUAUCAAUCAAAAUCAAAUAUGGCAAAAUGAAGUACAAGAUUUAAUAUGGUUGGAAUUACAAGCAUUCCAUGCAGACAGGACCUUAUGCGAGGAAGAUUGUUAUUUAUGCACAGAACGAACCAAAGUUGGAAAGUUAUUGGAAAGUAUUAUGAAUUACAAAUUUAAACGAGUACCUCACAAUGAAAUCAGACUGAAACGAAAUUCAAAUUUAACAACAUACAGUAAUGACAGUGGAGUAGGGGGAUAUGAUUCAAAAAUUAAUAAUAUGAUACAGUUUAAUGAAGCAUCCAAACAAGAAUGUACAGCGACAACACCUUGGGGAUGUGCAUCCAUCUUAUGCACCGAUUGUAUGAUAAAUCAAAAGUUAGCAUUACAAGAGGUUGAACAAAUUUUAUUAAAAAUGGAUGCAGCUACAGCUCUCUAUCCAUCCACAAAAGCAUUAGCGGCACAGUAUCCACUUUAUAAAUCGCCACAAUUCACAGCGAAAUUUAAGGCAAUGUCUAUAUGGUAUAAUUUAACAAAAGAAAAUCGAGGGCAAUUAUUUUCAAUUGAAGAUUUUAUUUCAUCACUGUAUGGUAAUGGAAAAUAUAACUGGCAAUUAUCAGGUACUGAUAAUGAAUCUGGAAUUGUCAAUAUAGAUAACGGCAGUGAAGAUUCUGGUCAAGUAUCAAUGUCUAGAAGUAUAUCGUCAGAAAAAUCAAAACCUUGCCCUUUUCGCAACCCUACAGUCGUGAAGUUUGAUCUAGAUUCAUCCUCAAGUCCCUCCGACAGCAAUAAUUCAACAUCAUCCGCAAUAGAUGAAGAUAGGCCACCAAUAAGCGAAGAUGAAGAUUAUAUUGUAAAUACUCAUAUAUACACCGAAGUUAUACCAAUUCUAGAAACGGGGAAUGAUUUCAUUGAACCUACAAAAAGGCCUUCACCGUACAGAUUGUUUAUCCUAGACCAUUUGAGAAGUAAGGGAUUAUCGAAUGUCGUUAAAAUUUUGGAAGAUAUGCACAAAUCAGUUGUCAAAAAGACUUGUAUAUCUUUGGACAGACCUAUAGACGGUACAUCUUUUCAAGAUUACUGCGAAAAAUUUUGUGGAAGUUGUAACGUCAAGUGCUCUGUUGAUGAUUGUGAGCUGCGAAGAUAUGGUUUUUGGAGUCCAGAAACGCAAGCCAUGAAUUUACCUAGUUAUAUAGCCCCAUUUAUGUUUCUAACAUGUAUCCCAAUACGUGUAAUUUUUGAAUAUUUAAAAUUAAAAGUGGAAAAAAAAUUAGUCAAACCAUCACCAUUGAGUAUUGGACAGUUAAUGAGAGAACUUAAAGAUGGUUUACGAAUAUUUGUACGCCAUCGUGAAAGAUUUUUGUAUUUAUUAAACCAAUUGAUGACAAAAGAUGAUCCAAAUCGAAUACGAUAUGAAAAAUUUAUUAAUAAUUUGGAUACAUUGGCUAAAAGUGUUUUUGAGAUUUAUAUCGAUUAUUUGGAACAAUGCUCCCUAAUGUAUCAACAUGAAACAUUCCAAAAAAGUUUUUUGGAAGAAGAGUGGACUUUUGUAAAGAGUAUAUAUCCACAUAUACCAGAAAUUAAACCAUUUGUUGCGAUGAAAAUCUGUUCAAUUGUAUGCUCAAUGUUUCGAUGUAUUUAUGAUACAAUUUCAACUCGUGUAGAAGAAUUAGAAUCUAGUAUACAUACGGGAAUUUCGGCGGACGAUAACUCAGAAUCAAGGCACUGCAUGUGGUUUUUCUGCCGUAAAUUGUUACGUAUAAUAAAUGAGGAAAAGGAACGCACCUUAAAAGCGUUAUCGUUUGUAAAAACAUUGCGGAAAGAUCUACAUGGCGAUGAUUUCCUUUCAGAUUCAUCCACGAGAAAUGGAGUGGUUGAGGCAUUGAUAGAACUAAGGAGUACAGUAUUUGGAACACGUUCAAUGUUAGAUCAAUUAAUUGAACGUUUAGAACAAAUCAAUGAUAUACCGGGGACAUACGAAGAUUUGGAUGAAGUGGAACGAUCACAUUUACAAUCAAAAUGUUGCAAUAUCCUACAUCAAGCUUUUAAAUUUGGUUUUGAACUGUACUUACAACAUCAUGCUGAUUUAUUAGAACUAAGAGCCGCGUUAGAUAAUAGAAAUGUAUUGAAUUCUGCAAGAAAAAAAAUGCAUAAUUAUGUAUCGACAGGAAUGAUAAGUUUUGCUCAAAAUUGGAUGCGUUUCGUAAUAAAACGAUGCGAACGUGGAAGAGGUAAAAAACCACGAUGGGCAUCUCAUGGGUUGGAAUUUUUGUGUGUUGCCACGGACCCACUUUACACGAAACAUUUAACACCACAAGAAUUUGAGGAUUUUAAAAAUGAAAUCGAAAAUUGUAUACAGUAUAUAAUUGGAACAUCCACACCAUCACCGGAUGUGACGAAUAAUCGUUCACCAUUUUCUAAAUCGAGAGGUGUUUCACCACAACCCUCAUUUUUAAAUUCACCAAGUAUGAAACAAAAGCUUUCAUUUUCAAAAAUUAUUAAAGAUAAUCCUGAUAAAUAUCUACAUGCAAAUGGUGAUAGUUCACCAGAAAUUAAUUCGAAAUAUUCACCUCAAUUUGAUAAAAAAGUGUAUCUUACUGUUCCUUCAGGAAAUCGUCACAUAAAAUCAUUAAGAUCUGAUAGAAUACGUGAUAGUGUUAACAAAUUAGAAAUGCAAUUAGAUCAGAAAUUGAGAUCCAAUGAUUUAAUUGGCCAAGUAACCGCUACACAUUCUGUCGAUCGUAUUUAUAUUAAAUCAAGAGUGGUUACAUUUAGUUGGCAACGUGGGACAAAAAUUGGGCAAGGUAGAUUUGGUAAAGUGUACACGGCUGUUAAUAAUGAAACUGGUGAAUUAUUAGCGAUGAAGGAAAUUACCUUACAACCAAAUGAUCAUAAAAUGAUAAAACGAGUUGCAGAGGAGAUUAAAACAUUUGAAGGAAUUAAACAUGAGCAUUUAGUUCGAUAUUUUGGUGUAGAAAUUCAUAGGGAAGAAAUGUUAAUAUUUAUGGAAUUCUGUGAUGAAGGAACUUUAGAAAACUUAGUAGCAGCUACAGAAGGAGGUCUACCUGAACCACUGAUACGACAAUACACGAGACAACUUUUAUCAGCAGUUGAAACUUUACACAAUCAUUUUGUAGCACAUAGAGAUAUUAAAAGUGCCAAUAUAUUCUUGACUGAUCAAGGAAAUUGUUUGAAAUUAGGUGAUUUUGGAUCAGCUGUGAAAAUUAAAAUGCAUACAACAAUGCCGGGUGAAUUACAAGGGUUCGUUGGAACACAAGCGUAUAUGGCCCCCGAAGUCUUUAUGAAAACAAAUGCAGAUGGACAUGGUAGAGCUGCAGAUAUAUGGUCAGUCGGCUGUGUAGUUGUAGAAAUGAGUUCUGGAAAGAGACCGUGGUCCCAAUAUGAUUCCAACUAUCAAAUAAUGUUUGUUGUGGGUAUGGGAGAAACACCCGACAUUCCAGAUCGUUUAAGUGAUGAAGGGAAAGAGUUUUUGGACAAUUGUUUGCAACAUGAUCCAAAGAAUCGCGAUACAGCUACAGUUUUAUUACAGCACAAUUUUGUUAAAGUUGAUAUGUUUAAUUAAUAAAAAUAUUUAUAUUACAAUAAUCUAUAAGAUAACACGACAAAAAUAACAUCUAAAAAAACAUCAGAAUUCGAAAAAAGUAACGUAAUUUCAUUAAUUUAUUCGAAUUCAAAUACUUGCUGUUUUGAAAAUUUUGUAAAAUUUUUUUUAUUUCGUCGUUGGCUAUUUUGUCAUGAAACCAUAUUUUUAUGAGGUGUAUGUUAUAUUUAUUAUAAACAUAUAUUUUAUUUAUACAAAAAUUUUAUUAAAUGUUAUUUGAUCGUACAACAUGGAAGUUUUCAUUUUGAUGUGUUCAUAAAUCCCAAAAUAACUUUUAAAAAAUUUUACA